AGAAGAGCAGCGCGGAAGACUCGGCGAGGGCCAGUGUCGCUCGUGGCUCAGUGGGGUACGGUCGACGCUCUCUACCAUGCGGAGGAAUUGCAAACUGUUCAUAUUCAUUUCCUGUGUGUGGACGCUUGGUGUAGUCGUGUACCUUAACACCAGUAAGGAUGUCAAGAACACAGGCCGAAGCAAGACCUCUGCUCACUACCUCACGGGCUCAGAAAACCUGGCACUGCGGCUCAAGGACUCCGCUGUCACCGCCCACCAAGGCACCUCCUCCAGGACAAACGGGGGGGCGGCGGAGGGGGGCUCGGGGGGCGCCGUGGUUCCCUCCCUGUUCCUGGACGAGGAGGCGUAUAUAGCAGCAGCCACCCUCGCCCCUGGGAAGGACGCCUACAGCAGGAAUAAGUUCAACCAAGCGGAGAGUGACAAGCUGGCGUCCAAUAGAGGCAUUCCUGACACCCGCCACUUCAUGUGCCGCAAGAAGCAGUGGAAGACAGACCUGCCCUCCACCUCUGUUAUCAUUACCUUCCACAACGAGGCGCGAUCCACACUACUUCGCACGGUCGUCAGUGUCCUGAACCGCAGCCCGGAGCACCUGGUGAAGGAGAUCAUUCUUGUGGAUGACUUCAGCGAUGACCCCAUGGACGGUGCAGAGCUGGCCAAGAUUCAGAAGGUGCGCGUUAUUCGAAAUGAUCAGAGGGAAGGGUUGAUGCGGUCACGAGUACGGGGAUCGGAUGCUGCCACCGCCCCUGUGCUCACCUUCCUGGACUCCCACUGUGAGUGCAACCAACACUGGCUGGAACCUAUGCUGGAGAGGGUGGCCGAGGACAGGACCAGGGUAGUGUGUCCCAUCAUUGAUGUCAUCAGCAUGGACACCUUCCAGUACAUCGGUGCCUCGGCUGACCUGCGGGGUGGCUUUGACUGGAACCUGGUGUUUAGGUGGGAGUACCUGUCCAGCGAUGAGAAGCGCAAGAGGCAGAAGGACCCAACGCAGAUCAUAAAAACCCCCAUGAUUGCUGGAGGUUUAUUUAUGAUUGACAAGUCUUACUUUGAGGAGCUUGGGAAGUAUGAUAUGGCCAUGGACAUCUGGGGUGGUGAAAACCUAGAAAUAUCGUUCCGCACGUGGCAGUGUGGCGGCAGUCUGGAGAUCGUGCCGUGCUCCAGGGUGGGCCACGUGUUCCGCAAGCAGCACCCGUACACCUUCCCUGGCGGUUCCGGCAACGUAUUUGCCAGAAAUACUCGCAGGGCAGCCGAGGUCUGGAUGGAUGACUACAAGAAGUAUUACUACUCUGCUGUUCCCCUUGCCAAGAGUGUCAACUUUGGGAACAUACAGUCCCGUCUUGAACUCCGCAAGCAACUCAAGUGCCACAGCUUCAAGUGGUACCUGGAGAAUGUGUACCCUGAGCUGAAGGUUCCAGACAUGGGGCACUCCACAUUUGGUGUGUUCAAGCAGGGACUCAAGUGCAUGGACACCCUGGGACACCGCGUGGAGGGGACGGUGGGACUGUAUGCCUGUCAUGGCACAGGUGGAAACCAGGAAUGGUCAAUGACAAGGGACAAACAAAUCAAGCACAGUGAACUCUGCCUGACCCUGCCCGAGCCCCGGCCAGGGACCUCCCUUGUCCUAGCCCCAUGCCAGAACAGUGACCUUCAGAAAUGGGUAAGGACGGAGAGUGACCGGCUGAUAAUGGCAGAGGGCCUCAACCUGUGUGUGGACAGUGUGCGGGAGAAGGCUGUGGGGCUGGUGGUGGAGGGCUGCGACAAGACAAUCCUCACACAGCGGUGGUCCUUCAUUGCCAACAAGAGUUAAUGCACAAGAUUUCUGUUACUACAACAGAACUUUAUCUCGGCUCCAGAGCCGAGGGAUUCCUGGAUGGUUGCGUCAGGUUUUCCUGCAACUGACUUUCAUGUUCAUCACAAAAUACCAUUGAUUUCAUCAUGAUCUUUUUUUAUAUUUUUUUGAGAUAUGUUUAGCAAUUUUUUGGUAACAAAUUCCUGGUGGUGAGGGAUUACAGUGGCUCACAGCACUGUGCAGGAAAGACUCUGGAAGAAAAUAGCAUGAAGUGGCAAAGUCAGUGUACCCAAGAGGAAGACUUUGUAUGUGUGUGAUGGCAGAACAAAGGUGAUCAGCUUUGUAGUCUCUUCCUUAUUUAUUGAAGAACAGACUGUUUGUGUUGAUGUUAAUGUUGAGAGAGAAGCUUGAACAAAAUGUUUAUAGAAAAGUACUGCUCCAGUUGCAAGUGUGGGGUAUUGAGUGUUUUGUCUCCCCAUGGGUGUUGGUGGUGGUGGUGGUGGUGGUGGUGAUGGUGGUGUUAGCCAUUGUGGUAAUGCACAACUCAUACUUCUCAUGAAGGCAGUCCAUGCUAACACUCAGUCUUCACAUUUUUUAUCACAUAACCCAAAAAUCUUUUACAUUAUGUGACUUGGUUUUAUUGUGGUUGUUUUCCACACAUAAUUUUAAUUAUUUUUGUUUUUGUUGAGUUUUGUUAAAUCAAAUGUUUAUAAAAUUUAUGUUCAUAAAUUACAGUAUAUAGUUAAUUUAAUUCUUCUUCCCAGGUCAUGAUAAAUUUGUAUAUAUUGUUUCCACAUAGAUUAUAUUUUCCUACAGGAGCCUCCCAGCUCCCUGUGGGUGGCAGGUGUGCCAUCCCGGCACACCACUGGGGGGCCCUGCACCAGACACUCAAAGUAUAGUUUUAUAAUCUUUGAGAUUUUAUAAAUGUGAAUGGUUAAAUUUAUUUUUACAGGAAUAAUUGUGAUGCCUAUUUAUUCAAUGUACUACGCAUGUGAUUUCACAUGGUGAUAUAUUUUAUUACUUUGUGUAUGGCUGUGUUAAAUGUUGCUGAAUUUUUCUUAUUUCAGUUACUGUAAAGUAUAUUCUCUUCAUUUUUAAUUGGUCUUGCAAGCUGAUAAUCUUUUCAGAAUUGUUAAUACAUCAACUUUUAUAGAAAUUCAUAGUUCUUUCAUCUUAAUUUUUAUCACUAACACUUAACAAGCAUUUUGUGAUGGUAAAGGUGUAUAUAGUAGUUAGUACAAGUUUCACAUACAGCAUACAGGAAUUUUGAUAGGAUACUUGACACUUUUAUUGUAAAUAUUUGCUGGACAUCAGCUUGGCCUGUGUUGGGCCAGCGGGCAGUGGCGGGGCAGGAGGGAGGCAGGACUCCUGGGUGGACGUGGGGUAGCCUUAGAGCACAAAUGUAAUAAUGACAAGGUAGUGGUUAGCUAUGAGUGAGCCUCAGCAUGGCCUCCUUUAAGCCAAGGUAAACUGGUAUUUACCCAAGUAAUGCCUCAUAGGAAAUAGAAAGAUAUAGAUAAGAGUUUUACAGUUUAAUGCCAUUCAUAAGUUGCUCUAAGAUGCACAGUACAACAAAUUUUGUACUGCAUACCUUUGUUGCCACUUGCAGAGCAGUUUAGUAUGCUAUGCUGUACUCCACACUUUAAUAGAAGUCUUAAUGCUCAAGUAGGUUAAAACCAAUUAAGUUAAUAUCAAUUAGAUCCAAUUUGUAAUCAUUCUUUGAAUGCUUGGGUGGUGCUGAUUGAGCUGCAGCCAGAGCUGCACCCAGAGCUGCACCAUCCACACAGCAUGCCAGGAACAAGGAGCUUGAUGUCACACACUGCCUUGUUUCCAUGACCCCGGCGGUCUGCCCUGAAAUGUCAAUGCAGCACUUUGGUCCCAAUGCAGAGGUAGCAUUAUGUGCAUCAACAGUAUUAUGUCAUGUAUUAUGUGGACUCUGUGGGGCAACUCAUGGAACUUCCUUCUGUACAUGGAAAACUGCAUUUUGUUAUUGUUGUUGAAAGAAUACUGCCACCAUAUUCCCUGUGCACUGUAAAAAUAUGACUAAAAGGGAUGUAGGGACUGGAUUCCCUUCCUUUGUAUUUUCAAUCUUGUAAUUGGACAAGGCUUCCUGUCUUGGCUACCUCCCUUUAGGAGGAAUCUCAGUCUGGUAUAUACAUAGAUUAUUAUUAUUAUUAUCAUUAUCAUUGUUAUUGUUGUCAUUAUUAUCAUUAUUAUUAUUUUUUUUUUUUAUUAUUAUUAUGAUCAUAGCAGCUUGAUAGCGUAACAUACUGUUCAGUGUGGUCAGCUGACAGCCAGGAGGCCCAAGACUCCACCCCAAUGUGAGGUGCUGGCAGAGCAGGCCUCCUCAUGUUGAUGCCCUCGUUCACCUCUCACAGGAAAACUACACAGUUGUGCCCUCACAGUCAGGUAGUGAGGGAGUGAGUGGCCAGUAGUCCUCCCCUCUUGUAUAUACAUGUGGGUGUGUGUGUGUGUGUGUGUGUGUGUGUGUGUGUGUGUGUGUGUGUGUGUGUGUGUGUGUGUGUGUGUGUGUGUACACUUGCUAUGAAACACUGUAAACUUUUUUGUGCCAGAACAGUAGGAAAGAGGCAAUCCAUGUAAAGAAAUAUUUUUUUUUUUUAUUAUUAUCAUUAUCAUCAUCAUCAUUGCUAUUAUCAUCCCCAUUAUCAUCAUUAAUGAAGUAGUGAUCACAGUCACACACGAUGCCCAUCAGUAGUCCAGCAGUGCACCGUGAACCUCAUUGUAGCCACAGUAGUGAUGGGCAGGUGCUCCCGUGUGAUGGGUGAGUCAGGGCCGCGAGGCGUGUGGCUUGUUGUUGUGUAACUGUCCCCUGCACCUGAGGCUGAUGUAACUCUUAUCAAGCACGGUAGGUAUUCCAUUCCACGUGACAGGUGUAGAAUCUGUCCAACAAAAGUGUAAAUGCAUGGAUCAUUGUUUUGUAUGUCACCCUUGACCAUCAUCCCUGCAAGCCACAUCACGUUUUAUUUCUGCCAUACACUGACUUGGUUCUGUACACUUAUAACAGUAAGUGGUCGUCUGUGAUGUAAUAAGUUUCAUCAAUAAUAUACAUAUGUACACCAGUGAUCUAUAUUUUGAUGUGACCAAAGAUACAGUUUUUUAUUAGUUGUAUGAUUUUCUUAAUAGCUAAGCUUUAAGUAUACUUUGCUAUUUGUGUAUUGAUGCAUCAGGACUUUUCCAGCAACUCUGUGCCCUUCCUGUCAAAUAUUUCCAGUCACCUUCCUUUAUACUCUUCAUGUCCCUGUCAUACUUUCCCAGUGAUUUUUCCCCUUUUCUUUUUGUCUUUGUGCCUCCUCUAAACUUUUCCAGCAACUUAGUUCCUUCUUCUCUGUCUUUCUAUGUUCCAGCUGACCUUUUCCUGUAAUUUUUUCACUUCAUCUCUGCCCUUCCAUGUUAAAGUUUUCCAGUUAUUUGUCAUCUUUCUCUGUGCCCUUCCUUGUCCUGCUAAACUGUUCUAGUGUCUUAUCUUUUCCUCUGUGCCUUUCCUUGUCCCUCUCCUCAUCUUCCCUCCACCCAACCCAGCCAAUCUCCUGAAAGUGGAGUGAGCAUAACAGUUUAUUGUGGCACCAGCUGCUGCAGUAUCAAUAUAAGCAGUAACACAGGCAGAAAUACUUUCAGUGCUAGGUACAUACUGUAAAAUUUAAUGUGACAACUCUCUUACAAAAUUGUUUUACUGCAUCAUAUACUGACACAUUCUAGGAAACAGAUUUGACUCGCAGUUAAGUAUAUGUAUGAUAUAAAUUUUCAAGGACUAGUCAGGAAAGUUUUGUAACAGAUGCUUCAAGUAAUAAGUCCUGUUUGGAUCACAUUGACAAGAAACAAUAAUUUAUACAGUGGUGUUGCCUUUGUUUGAUGUUUUCAUAGCCAAUGCUUCACUGGUAGGCAUAGAGAAUAAUAUCUAUCCCCAUUGCUUUACUUGAAUAGAAAUCCAUUAGCAAGUAGUCAGUUCAAUUGAUAAUUAGUCAUAGGAUGUACCUAGUCAUGACUUACUAUUUUUGGUAGUUAAUGUUAAAAUUUAUACUUUGCCAUGUAAACUCAUGUUAAAUAUUUGUAUAUUUGCCUCAACAUGUACAUAUGUAUCUAUUUCCUUCUGUAUGAUUCCUGUCAUACUUGGGUCCCUGAAGAACUGGUCUCCUAUCAUAAGUAUGCAGGCUGAGUGAGCACCAGGCGGGUGUUCCCAGUGUCUGUCUUACUAGUCAUCCUCUGUGGACUAAGUGUACAUUGUGUGUCGGGAGCUGAGCUGUCCUGCUGAACACCUGUCAGUGCCAGUUUUCAUGCUUAGCUCAGUCAAAGGUGGAAGGAUAACAUGAACUAAUGGAUAAGACAGACAUAGAUACACGUGACAGAUAUUUUAUUUAUUCAACUGUUUAUUUCCUGACCACCUCCACGACAUAGAGCUCAGACUCUUAAAUUAAUUGUUCUUCAUAUGUGUAUGUGCUGUACUAUAAAGUGAGACAGCUUUUUAAAUACUUGCCAUGUGCUAAAAAUAAAAGUGUCUUCCAAAGAA